AUGGAAUGUAAUAGUUUUCUUUUAUCUUUUUAAUUAUUUUAAACUACCAACAGGAUAUUGGGUUCUAAUCGUUAUAGACCAUAUUUUUGAAGAUAAUGAUAAUAUUGGACCAUCAACUCUUCUCAUUGAAAGGACUUCACGGUUUAAUCUACGGGAAAAUAUCUUCUUCUGGACUGACGUUUCAGAAGAAGAUCUAAGGGAUCCGGGAGUGGAAGAUCGUCGAAGAGACAUGGUUCAAGAGUGCAAGGGUAUAUGCUGUGGUGUUUUAAUGGAAAGAAAACUUAAGAAGUUGAAAAGGCCAAAAGAAGAAGACUGCAGGAUUUUGGCAAGUAAAGCAACAAACACUAUAUACUUAACUUGUUUAAGUACAUGUACUUAUAUGAUUUUAAUACAAAAACGAAUUUAAACAAAACAGUACACUCACCUCGUGUUUGUAGACUAGCAUUGCUGUAAUUUUAUGCUGUUGCUCUCGUCUUCGCCAGAGGACGGAAAAACGUCUGACUUGAAACCAUUGUAACCAGUGCUGUUUAUAUAUAACCGCGGAAAUAAGAAAACUUAAUUGAUGAAGAUAUUAAUAAUUGUCGCCGUGUAUUUUAUUUCGGACGAAGUUAGACAGCGAAACGCCUCGUACAAUAGUAUCGUCACGUAAUAAUAUCAUUAUUACUAAUUAUUUUUAUCAUUAAAAUGUUAAUUUCCGUCAUCGUCGUUUCUCCGGUACUCGCUAUGACGAUUUCGCGAAUGAGAAAAUACAAUUUUCGUUUGGAUCGCGUGUGGAUAACCGCUGGACUAUACCUACGCGGAUAACGAUGAAAUUUAAACAUUUUGGCAGUUAAUUUCGGGAUUUCGUGUGUGUUAGUGUCACGUUCUUAAGUCAGUAACCGUAAUUUCUAAAUUAUUAAAUUACUGAACGGCCUUAUCUAAAUGCAAAUAUUCUAAACGGAUCAAGCCAUAUAAUUAUUGUUUGAGUCAUGCCUUCUAUAUUUUCUAUACCAAACAAAAAGUACUAUUCUUAAUAAUUAAGAAGUUUUUAUUUUUAGAAUAACUUGUGUAAGAAUUUAAUGUAAACACUAAGGUGAUGUAGACCAAAAAAUAAAGUGAAUAUCAUUCGCAUGGCGGCAUGGCGCACGGCAUUUUAUUAGUGUUCUACUACUUUUCUCCAUACAUAAAUUUAAAAGUGAAAUAUCUCGUCAAUGAGUUGAAGAAAAUCAAAAAUGUUGACACCAAAAUAUACUUGAAAUAAUAUUCCGUCUAUUUAUGCAAUUUUAUUUUAUCUAGGUUCUCUUUUGGAAAACCAAAGUUGGUAUCGCCACUGGGUACUACUAAAAUGUUGUGAAAAAUCUAAGUAUUCAAAAAUUUCGACUUUAACUACUCUUACAAAUUCCAAAAAUCAGAAUUAGACUACAUGCAAAAUUUAACUAAAGUAAUGAAAUAAGCACGCUUAGUAAAUUACCCUGUAUCCUAUACUUAUAUUUAGUUUAAAUUUGAUAAUUAAUUCUUGUAUGUACUCUUUACCAGAGCAGGUAAAAAAAUACCGAAAUAUUUUACUAACACAUUUCGUACAUUUUCCUAUUUUUCCUCGGUUUUUUCUGGUUUAUUCUCAUUUGUUAAGAAAACUCCAGAAAAAUCAAAACACGACCUUCUUAAAGUACCGUCUCAAUACUAUUUCCUUUCAAAAAAGGUACUACACUUAAAAAUCGGAGCAAUAUUUCUGAUAGAAAACGUGUCCAAAAAAAAAAAAAACAUCAUUGUAAAACUAUAACCUUCUUCGCUCCACUCAGAAUCUAAAAUGGUUUGAAACAAAUAAUAGGUAAUUAAAUAAAUCAUAAAAUUUAUAUUUAGUAAAGGUAUAUACUUUAAAGUUUAAAGUAUAUACUGUAUACAUACUGUAUAAUAAUGUAUCAGUGCUUGGAUUGGGAGGAUGGAACUCUUCUACUAUUUAAUAUUUUUGUUCAUCGUCCCUUUAAUAAUUAUUUUGAUCGGGACUGGGGAGAAAUGGGGGGGGGGGAAUGUGAAUUGGGAAAUUUUGGCUACUCCUCUGUUUAGUAACAUUCCUGGUAUAGCUAACCCAUAGGUUAGGUACAUUAUUAUGUUCUCUAAUAUCUGUAAAUUUAUGUUGAUGACUAGUUGUUGCCGCGAGUUUAUAUUGAAGCAUAAUGGUGGAAACUAAAAAUCAAUUUUGCGGCUCUUCGUGCGAUUUAAAAGUAAUUAUGAAAAAUAAAUUUACAAUUAAUCUGCUAAAUAUUGACGUAGGUUUGAAGUCGAUCGAACAAUUAGGUGGGGCUAACUUCAAGGACACUCUGCAUAGACUCCCCUAUUAAGCAUAAUGUAUAUGUAUCUUUAAGCCACCACCAUUUACAUGCACCUAAUGUUCGUACGGUUCUAUAUAUAGACAUGUGAUUUUCAACUUUUUUGUAUCUACGACUUUUCUGAUUUUGAAAACCCAAUAAGCAACUCCCCUUACGAAUAAUGAUCAUAUAAUUUAAAAAAAUGACGGACGUAGUCUGGACUUAAGUUGGGAAAGUAGGAUACGGACGGGAAUUUAAUGUAUAUCAGUAAGCAAAGAUGAACCAUUGUUAACAAAAAAACGAUUCUGAGCAGAGUUCAGUUGAUAGUGUUACUUUGACAACAAUACAAUAUAUGGUAAUACCAUAUAUUGUACCUACCAUAUUAUGGUAUAUAUCAUAUUAUGGUAAAAUGAUUCCAAAAAUGUGCGUUUCCAUGAAAACAAUGAUUGUUUAAAAAAGAUUAAAAUAAUAAAAACUUAAUAAUAAUAAAAGUAAAUAAAAACGAUUGCCAAUGACGACCUUAUUUUUAAUCUUUCAAUCUUUUUUAACCUAAAUAUCGAGGUUUUCAUCAUUAUCACGAAUAGCAAUGAAAAAUUCAAAAAAUGACCUCUCUAAAGUAUCACAUCCAGAGAAUAUUUCCAUUCAGAGAAGAUUCUAAACAUUCUAAGAUCAUAUAUAUUACACAUGAUUCUUGGUCGCAGCGGUUCGUCGUGAUGAAGUACGAAAUCGAAUAAAAUAUCCUACGGAGGCUCGCUCUGUAUUUUUUUUUUUUUUGUAUUUUAAUACUUAUUAUACAAACGUGGUGGCCGUUCUAUUGCAACGUUUUGCGGUGUGCGUGUCAGCUACCGAUUAUUAUUAUUACAUCGUAUUCGUUUAAUUGCGAAUUGACAAGCGCGCGCGCUCGCGUUUACUUUCAUCAUACCUCAUAAAUAUACCUAUACUUAAAUAUCGUUGUUUUUCCGGUCGUUAUUGUUUCACUUUUUUUUUUUUUUAUCUCGUUCGUAUCAAACACUCGCAGCGCGAUAGCCGUUGGUCACGGACUCUAUGGUCGUUUACACACGUUUAUAUAGUUCAUAGCUGCUGCCGAUAUUGAGCAGAAAAAUAAACAAUGCGUAAAUAAUAACCAAUAUACUUGAUCGGUAUGAAAUAAACGGGUCACAACAUAAAUAUAAUGAUACAGUUUUUACAGCAUUUAUUGCGGUCGAUUCAAAACGAUCCCCGAUAAAUGAUUGAAAUGUUUUUAGGUUUUUUUUUCUACCAUCAUUUUAGUAUUUUUUUUCCGCUUCUUCAAGAAUUUUUCAACAAGAGGAAGGGUCGUGUAGCAAAUUUUUAAUAAUUACGAAUGAAGACAAAUAAAUAAUCUUACAAUUGAUAGUAUGUAAACUUCUUUUGUUAGAAGAGUAUAAAAGUGUACAACCUUAACCUCACCCCCCCAAAAAAAAAAUAUUUUUUUAUAAACGCACCUGUAUUUUAAUUAUAAUCAAUAAUAAUACAAGUACAUACAAAUUUUAGCUUAAACUUAUUAUUAUGUUGGUAUGAUGCUAUUACAGUAAUGAUUUCGGGAUUUUUGGUUUAACUGUUGGUAAAUCUGAUCUGAUAGUUUUUUUUUUUUUUUUUGUUAUCAGUUUUAGGAGAACUGCUAUGUGCUCAUUUGAUGAAAGUAAAAUUAUUAGUGUACACAAAAACGUUAUUUAAAAGGAAGAAUAUAAACUUGAAAAAAGCUCUGGUUAUUUCAGUCCUGCACAUUCCGUCGUCGUCAUAA